AAAGGCGUUAGGCCCGCAGCGUUACACUCAGAAGUAAACAGAUGUAACUAGCAGAAACAGCGUUAAAUGUGUUACUUCAGUACUCGGUGACCACAAAUCCACCACGUCAGGCUAAUUCGUCUGAGCCCAAACUUAAGGGUUACGACUUGCAUUUACAGUUCAAGUUUCCCAAACUCGCCAGUUUUUAUGAAUUGACUCUCUUGUUAACACAGAUUUCCAGACGGCUCCCCAGUAGAUCCCAAUUCUGUGCGUCUGGGAAGAGGCCUGGUUAUCAGUAUUUCACGGGUUCGGUGCCGCCCUGUUCUACUCGGCAAAGAGAAACCUCUCCGCCCGCCUGGUAAAGGACCUGACGCUGGCGGGCGUCGGGAACUGCUUCGGCAGCCCGGGACGCCGGCUCCGGGAAGCACCCAACGGGGUGGUAGGAACACAAUCAAACAAGCCUGUAAUCACCCCUCUUCCCCGGAACUGGCCUCCUCAGCUCUUGCGGGAAGACACUCCUGGGAGUUCCCAAACAGCCUAAGAGGAAACUAUUACCACACUACAGGAUGCGCUCUUGGCUACCAAAAACCGCGAGAAGCCACCGCCGGCCCCACUCCCCACCGCCUUCCUUUAGUGCUUCUUCCCUCUCUCUGGGAGAACCCGAGGAGAAGACACGCGAGAUACAGGCGCGGGGGCGUGGUCCCACUCUGACCAAUGGAAAAUGAGGGCGUGGCCCCGAGCCUUUCUUUCAUUGGCCCAGGGUCCCAAGGCGCCCUGCCUGGGCGCGCCGCCGCGGAAGUCGCUCGAGAGCCUGAACGUGGUCUCUGGUUUAGGUCCGGCCACUCGGCUGCCGCCAUCAUGGUGCGGAAGCUUAAAUUCCACGAGCAGAAGCUGUUGAAGCAGGUGGACUUCCUGAACUGGGAGGCGACCGACCACAACCUGCACGAGCUGCGAGUCCUGCGGCGCUAUCGGGUGCAGCGGCGCGAGGACUACACGCGCUACAACCAGCUGAGCCGUGCGGUGCGCGAGCUGGCGCGGCGCCUGCGCGACCUGCCCGAGCGCGACCCGUUCCGCGUGCGCGCCUCGGCCGCGCUGCUGGACAAGCUGUAUGCUCUCGGCCUGGUGCCCACCCGCGGCUCUCUGGAGCUCUGCAACUUCGUCACGGCUUCGUCCUUCUGCCGCCGCCGCCUGCCUACUGUGCUCCUCAAGCUGCGCAUGGCGCAGCACCUCCAGGCUGCCGUGGCGUUCGUGGAGCAAGGCCACGUGCGCGUGGGCCCCGACGUGGUGACUGACCCCGCCUUCCUUGUCACGCGCAGCAUGGAGGACUUUGUCACUUGGGUCGACUCCUCCAAGAUUAAGCGGCAUGUGCUGGAAUACAAUGAGGAGCGCGAUGAUUUCGAUCUGGAAGCCUAGCGGGUCUCCCUCUCCCCGUGGUUGCUGUUUACAGAUGGGAACACUGAGGCCUGAUGCUGGAGAUUCUGGGAGGGUGUCAGCCAGUCGUAGGUUUUUACUAACUUCAACUGCAGGCCAUGCAACAGAGCCAAGGGAGGUGCGUCCCUGUUUCCCAGGAAAUUCUCUUAGAACUUGGACUACUGAUAAUUAAAUGACUGUGCCUUGGGAAACACGGGGAAGUGGUUUUGUGCUGCCCUGGGUAAUUGUUAACUUCUUGUGCCCGAAACAUUGUAAUGUGAAAGCAAGAACUACUCGCGCCAUCCCCACCGCCCCAUUUUCCUUUAUCGUCUUGUAGCAGGACUGAUUCACUUUAUUUAACUCGAAUUCUUGCGUCUGGCUGUGAUUAAGCUGUGUACGGAUAGACAAUUUGGGCUCAAGUUUUCGUUAAAUGGGUGAGACUUCAGUGUUCAGGGGGUCUCCUCCCUCGUUUAAAGGAAUGCUUUCCUAAUGCCAAUAAAUGGCCCAACUGCUUGUAAGUGCAA